AAUGCGGCGGCAGCCAAUGGGACGCGGUGACGUCAGAAACAGGCAGUGAAAGCUCGGACGUCAUUGUUGAGUUGCUAAAAUGUCGCUGUGAGCAGGAAGAGGUGAAAAGAAGCGGAUCGUGCAGCGACACAGCCGAUACGUGUAUGCGUGAUGGUGCGGUCCAUGUGGGCGGUGCUCCGGAGAUUGUCCUACCAGGGAUGCGCGGCUGCUGCAGCUAUCAAACCAAACGUACCUGUCUCCUUUAGAGCCGCAGCCUUGAGGAGCGGACCCGGACUAACAGCCACCAUCAGCCGCAGGACGAUAUCCAGGGGUACACAGUGGUCACACAGUGCCUGCUGGGUUCAGAAGGUCAUUACCAAAGUGCACAGCUCCUGUUCUGAUCUGAAAACCCUGUUGUUUCCCUGCUCCCCAUCGCUCUGCAGUGAGGUGAGACACCUGCAGUCUGCAGUCAAGAUGCCUGAGAUCUCCACAGAUCACCUGGAUGAGAAGCAGGUGCAGCUGCUGGCUGAAAAGUGCAUCCUCAUCGACGAGGACGACCGCAAGAUCGGAGCCGAUACCAAGAAGAACUGCCACCUCAACUCCAACAUUGAUAAAGGUUUACUACACAGAGCUUUCAGUGUCUUCAUCUUCAACAGUGAAGAGAAACUGCUCUUACAACAGCGGUCUGAUGCCAAAAUCACCUUUCCAGGCUGCUUCACAAACACAUGCUGCAGUCAUCCCUUACACACCGACAGCGAGGUGGAAGAGAAAGAUGCUAUUGGAGUGAGGAGAGCUGCUCAGAGGAGACUUGAAGCUGAACUGGGUAUUCCCAUGGAUCAGGUGACACCAGAAGAAAUGACGUAUCUAACAAGAAUCCACUACAAGGCCCAGUCAGACGGUGUUUGGGGAGAACAUGAGAUCGACUACAUCCUCUUCAUGCAGAAGGAUGUGGAUUUGAGUCCCGACCCCAACGAGAUCCAAACCCACUGCUACGUGAGCAAGGAGGAGCUGAAGGAGAUGCUGAACAAGGCCAAGCGCAACGAGCUGUUGAUCACGCCCUGGUUCAGCCUCAUCGCUGAGACCUUCCUCUUCCAGUGGUGGGACAACCUGCACAGCCUCAAACAGUUCAUGGAUCACGACAAAAUCCACCGCAUGUAACACACACAGCCGGGGUCAGGCUCUACCGGAGUGAUUCCAGUCCGCACCUGACGCACAAGCACAGACCUCCAGAUGUCAGAAAAUAACAUCACAGACUACGUUGUGUUAGGGUUGUAGCAGCACGUGUGGGGUUCUCGCACAAGAAAUGGAGGCAGAGGAUGUUUAGCCUUGUAAAAAAUAAUAGAGGAUGCGGUUUAUAGUAGGCUUGUAGCUCUGAGUUGCAUUUAUCAUGAGAAAUGAUGUCAGUAGAGCAGGUCUCUUGUCUUUAAUAAAGAACGUCUGUCAAGUAAUGGAUUCUGAUCAGGAGUCACAGACCGAACGGACGACACCUAACAUCAGAUAUCAAGUGCCAGGUCGUUAGAAUGAGGUGAACAGUCACAACAUGUAACACUCUGUAUCUUUGUACCCUUUUACACAAUAAAAUUACGAUUGUG